CCUUGUAGCUCUCUUCGAAAGAAGAUCAGGAGUGUUCUGCUCUUGCCUUAAGAAAAGCCCUGUUUGACUUAAGGUGUUGUUGGUGCUGUGACACAGGAAGAACUGCAUGCCGGCUCCAGGAGUUUCUUAUUUUCACUUCUUGAGUAGUUAGUUCUCUGUGGAUGGAGAAAGAUUCGAGUCUUAAUUGCCCUGUUUUCAAGGUGUUCUGUGUAGUCUGAGCUGGGCCACUUCCCAAUGAGCUACACAGCCAGUCCUUGUCAGGAGCUGGUUGAACCCUGCACAGUGCGUGCAGAAGGAAUGGCCCAAGAAGAGAGCCAUCGAAGUCAGGUGCCACCUACCUUCUACCAUGGUGCCAGCCAGGAGCUCGACCUGUCCACCAAAGUGUAUAAAAGGGAGUCUGGGAGCCCUUACUCUGUGCUAGCAGACACCAAGACGAGCAAACCGCAUCUCCAUGAGACACAGGAGCAGCCAUAUUUCAGGGAGCCAAGGGCAGUGUCUGAUGUGCAUACUGUCAAGGAAGACCGGGAGAAUUCUGAUGACACAGAAGAGGAGGAGGAAGUCUCUUACAAAAGGGAGCAGAUCAUAGUGGAGGUAAACCUUAAUAAUCAAACGUUAAAUGUAUCUAAAGGGGAAAAGGGUGUCUCUUCUCAGUCCAAAGAGACUCCUGUUCUUAAGACAAGCAGUGAGGAAGACGAGGAAGAGACUGAGGAGGAAGCCACAGAUAACAGCAGUGACUACGGAGAGAAUGAUCGGCAGAAGAAAAAGGAGAAGCAAGUGGAGAAAGUCAGGGUUACACAAAGGCGAACCCGGAGAGCUGCCUCUGUUGCCGCAGCUACCACUUCCCCUACACCCCGCACAACUCGAGGCCGUAGGAAGAGUGCAGAGCUACCCAAGAGGAAGAAGCGUGCCACCAAGGAGGCUAAAGCACCAGUCCAGAAAGCUAAGUGUGAAGAGAAAGAGACUCUCACCUGUGAGAAGUGCCCCAGGGUGUUUAACACCCGCUGGUACCUGGAGAAGCACAUGAACGUUACUCACAGGCGCAUGCAGAUCUGUGAUAAAUGUGGCAAGAAGUUUGUCCUGGAAAGUGAGCUGUCCCUUCACCAGCAAACAGACUGUGAAAAAAACAUUCAGUGUGUUUCCUGUAACAAGUCCUUCAAGAAACUCUGGUCCCUUCAUGAACACAUCAAGAUUGUCCAUGGAUAUGCAGAGAAAAAAUUUGCCUGUGAGAUUUGCGAGAAGAAGUUUUAUACCAUGGCUCAUGUACGGAAACACAUGGUUGCACACACAAAAGACAUGCCAUUUACAUGUGAGACCUGUGGAAAGUCUUUCAAGCGCAGUAUGUCACUCAAGGUGCACUCCUUGCAGCAUUCUGGAGAGAAACCCUUCAGAUGUGAGAACUGCGAUGAGAGGUUCCAAUACAAGUACCAGCUCCGCUCCCACAUGAGCAUCCAUAUCGGGCACAAACAGUUCAUGUGCCAGUGGUGCGGCAAGGACUUCAACAUGAAGCAGUACUUCGACGAGCAUAUGAAGACGCACACUGGAGAGAAACCUUUCAUCUGUGAAAUCUGUGGCAAAAGCUUCACCAGUCGACCCAACAUGAAGAGGCACCGCAGAACUCACACGGGCGAGAAGCCCUACCCCUGUGAUGUGUGUGGUCAGCGGUUUCGCUUUUCCAACAUGCUGAAGGCCCACAAGGAGAAGUGCUUCCGAGUCACCAGCCCAGUGAAUGUGCCGCCAGCUGUCCAGAUUCCACUGGCCUCAGCUCCAGCUGCUCCCGCUCCAGCCGUGGCCAACACUCCCACCAGCCCAGCCCCUGCAGUCAGUAUGAACCCCGUGGGUGGUGCGCUUCCCUCAAGACCCGUCCCGCACCCUUUCUCGCACCUGCACAUACACACGCAUCCACACCACGCGCACCACCUCCCCAUCCCUCCUGUGCCUCACCUGCCCCCACCUCCAGCCCUCUUCAAGAGUGAGCCCCUAAACCACAGAAGCCAGAGCGAGGAUACCUUUCUGAGGCACCUGGCAGAGAAGAACAGUGCAGCCCAGGCCCAGCAUCAUUAGCACCAGCCAGUGCCAUCCCUAUGGUGAGUUGUCAGAAGAGGUGCAGCUGUACUUCUCUGGGGUCUUCCUGUCUCCGCGGCCUCCUGGGCCUUCGCCAUUGCCCUGGUGAACCAUCAGACUGACCUAAGUGAAGAAGACUGCCCUUGGAACCAGGGGAACCACCGAACUAAAGCCCAAUUUGCUUGCAUUUUCUGAUGACUUUUAUAAAUUUCAGAUACUGUGACUGUGGGAUUUUAUAAUUUCAUAUCAGCAGAUGAGGUAUGCUUGCUUUUAUAUCUCGGUCUUCUCCUCAAAGAGGGGAUGGGCCUGGUUUCCUUUAUACUAAUCGGGAAGGCUGUGAGAUUAAUCCGGAGCAUUAACUGUAUCACUGUGUAUUGUAAUGAAUUCUUUUCAGCUUUUGGUGCUGGCUGCAGAGUCGAGCUGGCUACGUUUCACACAAUAUCAAGCAUUAUAGAGAAGAUGGGAACUUUCUUCUUUGUGUAGCUCUUUAACACACUCUUUAUUUUACUACAGAAAUUAUUUUAGAGUUUUUGUAUAGGCUUUAGUAGUCUGUUUCUAAAAUGAGAUGUAUUUCAAUAAGCUGUGUAAUUUUUUCAGUGUAGCUAAACCCAUGUUGUAAAAUAGAUAAAUUUUUAUAAUCA